GGGCUGUGAGAGUGUGCAGGCACUGAUGACUCGGCAAUGUCCGGAGAUCAAUCUACACUGAGCUCAGAAAAGGAGUUUCAUUUAGAUCUAAUUACUUUCCAAACAGCAUCACAGAUCUGAGGUGUGAAGUAGCCAGGACAGAGUGCAGGCUGGUUGCUGUUAUUUUUUAGUUUCAGGUUAUAACACAAAGAAACCCUGCAGUUGGAUGUUCGUGGAGAGAAAACAUUUAAUAUGACGAUAUAAGGAUAAAUCUGCUUUACACGAGUUUCCCACCAUGCAGCUACUUCUACUUGCAGCGGCGUUUCUCUUUACGCACGACCUCACAGCAGCCGUGCGCCCCGACAAGUGCGCCCCCCGGUGCGACGUGAGCUUGUGUCCGAGCCCCAGCUGUCCCGGCGGGUACCUCCCGGACCGCUGUAACUGCUGCCUGGUGUGCUCGCCGCGCGAGGGAGAUCCCUGCGGCCGCAAAAACGACCUGCCCUGCGGGGAUGGCCUGGAGUGCAAGCUGCUCGAUGCGGGGAAGCGUCGAGGCUCCAGGGGGGUCUGCCGGUGUAAGAUGGAGCACGAAGUGUGUGGAAGCGACGGGAAAACGUACGGUAAUGUGUGUGAAAUGAGGGCAGCCAGUCGCAGAGCUCAACAGAAGGGAAGACCAGAGGUCAGCCAAGCGCACAAAGGAGCCUGUUCACCUUCAGGCGCAGGUGUUUCCAUGGUGCACCCCGGCAGCCCUCGCUACAAGUUCAACUUCAUCGCUGACGUCGUGGAGAAAAUAGCCCCUGCUGUCGUCCACAUUGAGCUGUUCGUAAGACAUCCUCUGUUUGGUCGCCACAUGCGUCUCUCCAGUGGCUCUGGUUUCAUUGUGACCCACUCAGGUGUGAUCGUGACCAACGCUCACGUGGUAACCACGGCUGGCACAGUGACCGGGAGGCCCCAGCUGCGUGUUCAGCUGCACGAUGGCGACGCGUACGAGGCAGUGGUGAGAGACGUAGACAGGAAGGCAGACAUCGCCACAAUCAAGGUCAAUCCUCAGAAGAGGCUUCCUGUGCUGUCUCUGGGCCGCUCAGCUGAUCUGAGGCCAGGGGAGUUUGUGGUUGCCAUCGGCAGCCCCUUCGCUCUGCAGAACACCGUCACCACCGGCAUCGUCAGCACGGCUCAGAGAGACGGCAAGGAGCUGGGCAUCAAAGACUCAGACAUGGACUACAUCCAGACUGAUGCUAUUAUUAACUACGGCAAUUCUGGAGGACCUCUUGUUAACUUGGAUGGGGAGGUCAUCGGAAUCAACACUCUUAAAGUGACAGCAGGCAUCGCCUUCGCCAUCCCCUCGGACAGAAUCAGCCGCUUCCUCACAGAGUCACAGACCAAACACAGCAAAGAAAAGAGCCGACAGCAGAGAAGACUUACAGAGGAGCCACAGUCUGAUGCAGAAGUGAAGAGACGUUUUUUAGGCAUCAGGAUGCUCACAAUCACUGACCAUCUUAUAGCAGAGUUAAAACGUCAUAACCCAGACUUCCCUGAUGUCAGCAGCGGAGUGUUGGUGAAACAGGUUAUACCCAACUCUGCAGCAGAGAAAGGGGGGAUUUUGGAAAGUGAUGUUAUAGUGAAGCUUAACGGACAGCCAGUUGAGACCACUGAGGACAUUCGUGAGGCGCUGCAGGGCGAGCGGCCUCUCCUGCUGGAGAUUCGCAGAGGCAAUGACGACUUACUGUUCAACAUCCACCCACAGGUUACAGUACACUGAACAAUGAGACAGUUGGAUUGCUCUAAAUGUGAACAAUGUUGGGCAACACAGUACGGUGGCAAUAAGAUUUCAUCUGACCGUGGGGAAUGUUCUGCAAGGAAUUAUGAAUAAGCUAUACAUAGAGAUGUGAUAUAUUUUCUGAUUUCUAAUUAAACAAGAGAAUAGAGCAUUUCCUGCCAGCCCAUCCCCGUCUGAUGCAUAUUUUGUUUGAUAGAUUUUCUUUAAUGAAAAGUUUUGGGUGUGUGUUAUCACAGACAGUAGUUUCCUACAUUUCUCAAAGUACCGUAGAGGAAAAUGUAUUGUACUGUGGUGAAGGAGGCUCAUAGAGUUUCAGAAUAAAAGCCUCCAAAGAAGGA